GAAAACAUAAACAAACCAGCUUUGCACAAAGUAGUUCUUUACAUAGGAAAUCCGUGAUAAAAUUGCUGAAAUCAAGCAAAAAUAUAAUUAUUACAUAUCAAAUAACAUACUUACAACACAAUGGUGGCUGUAUAUAGCCGAUUAUCAAGUGAAAUCUCGUAAAAUGGCCACUUUUUGUAACGAUUAAGGCAGUGUUUUGAGAGUGCCAGAGUCCAAAAUGCCAGCAUCCUGUGUUAUACCCGAUUGUGAUUUAAAAUACACCCAUAAUGACGAUGUAUCCUUCCACAAAUUCCCGCUAAGAUCUCCUGAGCUUCUCAAACAAUGGAUUCAGUUUACCGGACGCGAUGAAAACUGGCACCCGACGAAAUGGAGCGCCCUUUGCAGUAGACACUUUCUGCCCUCCGAUUUUAAGGGAUGUGCCUCCCGGAAGAUACUACUCGCAACGGCUGUUCCUUCCGUUCGACCCACCACUACCAAGAUCCAGUCGAGAGAUCUCUCCCUGCCGGUUAUAUCCUACGAAACGGUUUGGCCCGACGUUACCGGGUUUCCUCCUGUGCGCCACGAGUUCGAUUACCAACCCGACGAGCAGGAAAACAACCCGCCGAAUGAUUCGCUCUGUCCUGUGAUAACAUCGGAAAGCGUGGAAGAGUUUGAAGCUGAUAUUCAACUGGUGGACAUUACCUGUCGGAUCUGUGGAGUCAUUUUCAGCCGUGCCGCCGAUAGCCUGCUGUGUGAUCUCGUCCAAUCGGAAGACGUGGUAAGAAAGUAUCUGCCGUUCGUUAAUCUGGAGCUACCGAAUUUACCACGCAAAAUCUGUCUCCACUGUUCGAAAGUGGUGAGUGGAUUUUCCAAGUUUAGUGACAGUGUGCUGCGGGCCCAGUCCGAUCUGGAGCAUCGUUUUGCACAGCAGCAACCCUUAGCGCCGUUCAUCCCCGAAAGUGCUUUUCCAGCAGCGAGUGCGGGCAAACCGAUGAACAUUAAGCAGGAACCUAUUGCGAGCCUAAACAUUAAGGAGGAAAAGGUUGAAAAUGCGAUCAACAGUGCGGCAAGGCAGAAGGAUUAUUUGCCGGCCGAGGAAUCGAGCGAAAGGCCGAUGAUCGUUAAGAACCAGGCGGUGUCGGGUGACCCAAAUAGAAUUUUUCUUUUCAAUAACGCCGGACAAGAGAAUGGCGGUGGAUCAGCCACCACCACUACUACCUCACUGAUGAAGCAACAGACGCGUGAAUCUGCUAAAAAUUGUGAAAUCCUUGAAAUUGUGAACCUUUACCCACCGAUCGUGGACAUUACGAGCACCACCGUGACAGAAGUACAGCCGUACGAAAUUACACUGCCAUCGGUUACCACAGCAACGGCACCGGAUGGCUUUUCGGCACAGCCACCAACAGCAUCCAGCGCCUACUCGACACAGUUCGUUAGCAGCCUGAAGGUGGAAAACACGGCGGAACUGGACACGGAACAGGAUGACUAUUAUCUGCCGGAAAAGUUUCUUUUCAUUAACACGCUGGAGGAGCACAGCUACACCAAGCUGCCCAUACAAGCGGAUGAUAAUAAGGAUGAGAUUUUCCACGACAUCACCGCUGUCGGGAGUGCGCAAUGGUUCCUUUCGACAGAGAGCAUUCCAACGCCACAAAAGCAUGAACCAGUGUUGCCGGUAAGGAAAGUGACCACCCAGUGGUCGUGUAAGGUUUGUGGUCGACAGUUUACCCGCCACCGGAGCAUGUUGUACCAUCAGGCAUGGGAGUGUUCCGGGCGCAGGAAACUUUCCCUAAGCUGUACCUUUUGUCAUCGUAAAUUCUGCACCUGGGGCAAAGCACGGGUCCAUAUGUGUUUGUGUGCGAAAAGAAUCGCCAAGCGGAAGCGACUUAAAUGGAAGAUGAUGCUAGCAAUAGCGAAACAUCGUCGGAUAGCUGUGGAUGGCGAGAGCGAUCGAGGAGAAGCUUCCGCGGAGAAGAAUGCCUGUCCGUUGUGUGAUAGAUCGUACGCGAAUGCGUCCAACUUACGGCGCCACCUAUCUACCCAUCGACCCCCGGAACAGUGGAACCACAAGUGUGGUGUAUGCUUCAGAAUCUUCGAUAAGCUGUUUGAUCUGAAGAAACAUCUGCAGAUUGCAUCCUGUGGGAAUGGUGCCAUCGCUCCCAUUCCAAAUUCUGAAUCGGAACCCGAAAAGGAAGAUCUCCCUGCGGCGUGUGAUACUAUGAAGCCGGUCAAUGUACCCGCACCAGCCACUACAACAGCUAACCAUCUCCUUUACGUCUGCCCAACCUGCAACAAAAUGUUCCAAUCGUACAGUGGGCUAAAGGUGCACGAACCGAUCCACACCGGAACGAAGGCAUACAUAUGCGAAAAGUGUGGCAAAUGCUUCUCCGGCCCAUCGCACCUAUGGCAGCAUCAGCUUACCCACUCGGAGCUACGCCAGUACAACUGCAAACAGUGUCCGAAGGUGUUUAAGCGGAAGUGUGGCCUUAGCCAGCACGUGCGAGCUAUCCACAUGAAGAUAAAACCGUUCCAGUGUCCAACCUGUGGUCAUGGGUACGCGCUGAAGGCUGAUAUGACGCGAUGCAGACACUCGCGGUUGAAUGAUCCGGCGGCAUUCGUUUCGGCAUGCUAGUCAGCAAGGAGAGUGGAAUAAAGACGCGAAAAGUUGAACCAUUGAA